CAGGUAGUAAAAAAAAAAAGGCCAGUUGGAGAAGAAAAAUGUAGAAAUUUCCAGCGCCGCACGAUUAUAAACCAACGGUUGAUCUCUCUCUCAACUGCGUCAUCAAUUUAAAAAAAAAUACAUCGGGAGAAAUAAAACUGGAUUACGACACCGUCAUUGCUAAGUCGAGAAACUUUCAAAAUCAGGCGUUUUUCUCUUCCAUUUUGAUGGCAUCUACUUCGAACCGAACCGGCGGCGGUUCCUUCUACGGCGAUGCGGCUCCUUACCGAUCAAGGCAGGGUUUAAGCACGAGACCGGUGGCUAGCUCCGAUGAAAUACAAUUGCGGAUUGAUCCAAUGCAUGCUGAUUUGGACGAUGAGAUCACCGGUCUCCGUAGCCAAGUUAAACAAUUGAGAAAUGUUGCUCAAGAGAUAGGAUCAGAAGCAAAAUUUCAGAAGGACUUUUUAGAUCAGCUGCAAAUGACCAUGAUUAAAGCUCAAGCAGGGGUGAAGAACAACAUUAGGAAACUGAACAAGAGCAUAAUCAAGCAUGGCUCAAACCAUAUUGUUCAUGUGGUUCUUUUUGCACUGUUAUGCUUCUUUGUUGUCUACACUUGGUCCAAAUUGUCUGGAAGAUGAAGUUUGUGAGACAGUUGAAUACAUGUUGAUUGGCAAUUAAAAAUGGUGCCUAAAUGCUGCUGACAGUUUCAGUAAAGGUGGUUGUGUAAAGCUUUCUUCAUGACACCGUCAAUUGUUCUUGACUUUGAAAAAUAUUGGUUCUAAGUUUUUCUUAUGCUGCAGUGAGAACUCUAGUUCUAUCCUCCCCUAGUUAUGCCUUUUGUACUUAAUGGAAUGAGAUGAUAAAUUUCAACGUAAA